AUGCUGCUGACACAUGAUCAUGAAACACAAGAUAAAUUAUCAGAGAAAAAUCAGCAACUUGUCCCACUUUUCACGGUAACUAUCAUUAUUAAGUUAUAGAUGAGUACUCUGUGGUUAUUAGGUAGUGGGUGGCAAGAAAAGUACACAUUUACCAAGUUAGCUAUAAUAAUCUUAUGUAUUCAUCUCUCAUUAAUCUCAAUCUCAUAUUUUAAAGUACACACAAGCCACAGUCAGGUUCUACUGAGGUUCUGUUGUGAACCUAUAUACUGUUAGUAUUACAGUAUAAAACUGGGUUAAGGCGUUUCCAGGACAUUGGUGGCAUUGUUAUGCAAUGUUUUAGAGGGCAGUAAUUGUUAUAGCAGGGUUCUUAACUAGAUGCUAAAAGCUAAACUACACAAUAAAUAUGCAGGGUGCAUAGUGUUACCAGCCUUAUCUGUAUAAUCUUAUAAAUUGCCAUAAAAAGCAUUAAUGAUGGUAUUUUGUAAUGAAACACUAAAAUGACAAAUCUACACUUUAACUUAACUACACAAAAUAAUAAUAUAAAAGAGCUCUUUAAUUUUAGUUGUCUCUUAUUAUUAUCACUAAGUUAUGAUGAUGAUGAUUAUUAUUUAAUUGUUGCAAUUUCUUUAAAAUUUGUAUUUCAGGCAUCAAUGCCUUGUCUAGAAACCAUCAAACCAAUAUAUCAUGACAUGAAGAAGAUACUUGGAACAAGAUAA